AUGGAGAGUCAACUGCGCUACGACACAAGUUUCGGCACCAUCCUCAGAAACAACCAGCCCUCCUCUAACUUGACAACCGAUUCAGUCAACACGACACACGCUGUCAGUGUGUUUGGAGGGUGUGAACAAAUGGUGAGUGGUAUCAUUUUUGACCUAACUAUGCAAUCCUUUAAUGUGGUCAUAGGAAUACCUGCCAACAUCCUGGUCAUGGCAAACCUUAUAAACACCCGGAAUGAACCUUUAACCUCUGACAUCUUCCUGGGCUGCCUGGCUUUCAUGGACGCCUACUUUGGAUUCAUGACAAUAAUAUCAUUCCUCAAUCUCUACCACUGGAGGAGUGCUAUUGGUUGGAUGGCUUUGAAAUUCUCCUAUGGUGUGAAGGACACCAGUGGGCCGCUUUUCCUCUCCUGCGUCUGUCUGGAUCGCUUUAUAGCCGUUAUCUUCCCCAUCGCAUUUGGACAAAUGAAGGACAUAAAAUACAGGAUCGGCCUGACCAUUGUUGUUCUGCUGCUCACUUUUGCAUAUGCUUCAGCCAAAACUGCUGGUGGCAUCCACAACUUUGAGAAGGUUUUCACUGGUGAGGUCUUGUUUGCCUUCACCUGGAUGGUGGUUAUGCUCCAAAUUCACCCAAAAUAA